UCGCGUUUUCUUUUACAUUUAAACUAAACACUUCUCCUGUAAACAGAUAUAUUUUACAGGCGUAUUAAUAAGACGGAAGCCGCUGCUAAGGGGCUAACGUUAGCUUUUAUCCUCUGUGAACGAAUGAAAACCAGAGGCGAUGAGCGGUGAAGGUUCCGGGUGACACGCGGGGGGACAAACACACCGGAGCACGAAAACACAGGAGUGGGUUUGCCGGUUUGCUACACUUUCACCGAGGUGCCCCUCUCCUAUGGAUUCACUCAACACUUUUGAAUCUGAGAUGGAGGCUGACGGUCAGGGCAACUACUCUCUGUUUCCCGCGCUGGACAGCAUCGCGAGUCUAUCCGGGACCGCCGAGACUCUGGAGAGCGAACCCCCGAGUGAAAUCGCUGAGAAGCCGAACCUCACGUGGCUCGACGCUGCACAGAUUGUAUUGGAAGAAGCUGGACGUCCCAUGCACAUAAAGGAGAUUAAACAGAGGAUCAUCGACAGGGGACUCGUUCAAUCCAACGCCAAAUCCAGCCUGGAGGCGGUCAUGUACCGCGAGACACAAAAAGGCAGCAGGAGAUUCAAGAGGAUUGAGAACAGAAACGGAGUCUUUGCACUGCUGACGGGUGAGGAGAGGCAGCAGGCCCUGCAGGCCUUCACCGCCCAGUCCUUCCUCGGCUCGCCGCAGCACAACACCUCCUCCAGCUCUGGCUCGGGGGCCUCGGGGAACGCCUUCCCCUCCCCCACCAGUCCUACGGAGCGCAGGGCCAAGACGAAGAGAGGCCCGCGGCAAAAGCAAAACGAAAAGUACCAACUCAAGUACCUCAGACUGCGCAAAGCGGCCCGCGCCAUGAUAUUUGAGAAUGCAGCCCUCCGCGAUGAAGUCGCCCACUUGGAAGAGAAGUUUCUGAGAGCUAAGGAGGAGCGGAGGUUCUUGCUGAAGUCCUUGCUGCAGUACCAGUCGUUUUCGGAGGGGGAGCUACUGCCCACACCGAGCUCCAGCUCUCACCCGCCGCCGGGCGCGUCGACCUCAGGCGCCGCGGGGGCUUCAGGCCCGUCCGGGGGCCACAACCCGGCGUCGGUGGUGUCAACAGGGGAAGACGGACCUCUUAAAAAACCCAAGAAGGAAAGGAAAGAGCGAGGCCGGGAAAAUGGGAAGGAGGAAUUUCCAAAGAGGAUGUCCAAGAAGAGGAAGCUGGCCGACGGGACUCGCAAACUGGUGCAGCCCAUCGCUCUGGACUCGUCUGGUCGACCCGUCUUUCCCAUUGUUCUGGGCGGCUUAACAGUCUACAGCCUGGGAGAGAUCGUCACGGACAGGAUGCUGUUCCACGACGAGUGCGCCAUUUACCCGGCGGGCUUCUGCAGCACUCGAGUCUUCGCCGGCAUGAAGAGCCCCGACCAGCAGUGCCUGUACACCUGCCAAAUCAAGGAUGUGGGAGCCGGUCCGCAGUUUGAGAUCGUCCCCGAAGAAGAUCCUCAGAAUGCCAUCGUGGCGUCGUCGGCCCUGACGUGCCACUCCAAUCUACUGAAGGCCAUCGCCUCCGUCAGUCCCAAGUGCGUAUCUCCUAUCACGCCAUCGGGGGCAGACUUCUUCGGCUUCUCGCACCCCACCAUCCAGAACCUCAUCCAGAGUUGCCCUGGAGCGCGUAAAUGUAGCAACUACCGGUGGAUCCGCUUUGAGGUGUGUCGCUCAGGCGAGGGCCAGUUUCCCAGCAGCCUGUCGGAGGACGACGCCUCGGUCAACUUCGAGGCCUAUCAGAGACAUCGGGGCUUUGAUGAGAACAUCAAGACGGAGCACAUGACAGGGCCGGCACCGCAGUCCCCGAGGACUUCUCAUCAGCACCACCUGACCUCCCCCGCCAUGAAGCCCUCCACCUCGUAUUUCAGCUCGUGAUCCUCAGAGGGAAUCCACCGGUGGCUCCAGACAGCUUUACUGGGGAUGUGUGAAGGAAUAGCUGAUGCUAAUGAACCAUGUGCUGGAUAUUUGAAAUCGAGUCUCAGUUAACGUCAAACAUGGAGAUGAAAUAAGUAUGAGUUUUGGUAAAUUAAAUGUGGUUGUGUUGGUAACAUUCUUUAAGUUGCAUACGUUUUUUUUUUAGAGAAAUGCUUUUUAUUAAUAACUUCUAUUUAAUAAACUUAGCUUCGACUUGCCAGUUGACGCUUUGGCCAUGAAUGUAACACACACACA